ACAGAAAGACGAAACUACCCUGACAAAGAGAAGUAAUUAAAUUUUCCUGUUCUUUUUCUUCCUCACUCUCCAAGCCAUUUUCUAACCAAAUUGUACCAGGGGCAAGAACUCUUCUCACUGUUAGAAGCUUCAGUUCUUCAAUCUCACGCAUCAGCAUUCUCAGUAUUCAGGUCUUUCCUUCCCUAGGAAGAAAAAGAUGAGCAUUUCGGAUCUUCCAAAGAAGGAAGCCAAUGUUCUCAAGGGGCACGAAGGUGCAGUUUUAGCAGCUCGGUUCAAUGGAGAUGGUAAUUAUUGUUUGAGCUGCGGCAAGGACCGUACCAUCCGCCUAUGGAAUCCCCACCGUGGGAUCCAUGUUAAGACUUACAAAUCCCAUGGCCGUGAAGUCCGUGAUGUCCAUGUCACACCAGACAACUCUAAGUUAAUUUCUUGUGGUGGUGACCGACAACUGUUUUACUGGGAUGUGUCAACUGGUCAUGUUAUUCGAAAGUUUCGUGGUCAUGAUAGUGAGGUGAAUGCAGUUAAAUUUAAUGAGUAUGCUUCUGUUGUAGUAUCGGCAGGCUAUGAUCGCUCAUUGCGUGCAUGGGACUGUAGAUCACAUAGCACUGAGCCAAUCCAGAUUAUUGACUCAUUCUUGGAUAGCGUAAUGUCUGUUUGUUUGACAAAAACUGAAAUUAUUGGUGGAAGUGUUGACGGAACUGUUCGAACAUUUGACAUCCGUAUUGGUAGAGAAUUAUCUGACAACUUGGGGCAGCCUGUCAACUGUAUCUCAAUGUCAAAUGACAGUAACUGCAUAUUGGCCGGUUGCUUAGAUUCUACUUUACGUCUCCUGGACAGGUCUACUGGUGAACUAUUACAAGAAUAUAAAGGCCAUAUUUGCAAGUCUUUCAAAACAGAUUGCUGUCUUACCAACUCCGAUGCCCAUGUAACGGGUGGAUCUGAAGAUGGGUAUAUUUACUUCUGGGAUCUGGUAGAUGCUUCUGUUGUAUCAAGAUUCAGAGCUCAUUCCUUAGUGGUAACAAGUGUGAGCUAUCAUCCCAAAGAUAACACUAUGAUAACCUCCUCUGUAGAUGGCUCAAUCCGAGUUUGGAAGACAGAGUAACACAAAGCACUUAUGAAUCUUAACUUACAAUUCUGCUCUUUCUUAUUGAAUUAUAUAUUAACUACAAGGAAGAAGAGGAAGUCCAGAACCGUGCCCCCUCAGGCUGAGUUUGUGCUUGUUAUGUGAAGGAAAGAAGUAAUCCUCCCGGGUUUCAUUUAUGAUGCACAUUUUUAUUGUUUCAUGAGAUUUACAAAGUCUGCUUAUGCAUUUUUUUUCCUGUAGAUCUCUAAGUUCAUUGGAACCUAAGCUUGGGUUAUUGAUUAGUUACCAGAAUAUUUGGUGAUUUGGAGUAUGAAGAAUAUGAAUGCAGCUCUGAACUUAGGUUAA